AUGACCUCAGGUGCCGUGGAAGACAAGCAAAACACAGAUGUAAUAGACACAGACAUUACAAAAGUCUUCGAGACAUAUGACCAUGGUGUUACUGUGCACAAAAUGCGUGCAAGAGCAAUGACUGGCAAACAACACCCAGGAGCCUCUAGUGUGACACAGCAACACCCAGGAGCCUCCAGUGUGACACAGCAACACCCAGGAGCCUCCAGUGUGACACAGCAACACCCAGGAGCCUCCAGUGUGACACAGCAACACCCAGGAGCCUCCAGUGUGACACAGCAACACCCAGGAGCCUCCAGUGUGACACAGCAACACCCAGGAGCCUCCACUGUGACACAGCAACACCCAGGAGCCUCCAGUGUGACACAGCAACACCCAGGAGCCUCUAGUGUGACACAGCAACACCCAGGAGCCUCUAGUGUGACACAGCAACACCCAGGAGCCUCCAGUGUGACACAGCAACACCCAGGAGCCUCCAGUGUGACACAGCAACACCCAGGAGCCUCCAGUGUGACACAGCAACACCCAGGAGCCUCCAGUGUGACACAGCAACACCCAGGAGCCUCCAGUGUGACACAGCAACACCCAGGAGCCUCCAGUGUGACACAGCAACACCCAGGAGCCUCCAGUGUGACACAGCAACACCCAGGAGCCUCCAGUGUGACACAGCAACACCCAGGAGCCUCCAGUGUGACACAGCAACACCCAGGAGCCUCCAGUGUGACACAGCAACACCCAGGAGCCUCUAGUGUGACACAGCAACACCCAGGAGCCUCCAGUGUGACACAGGAACACCCAGGAGCCUCUAGUGUGACACAGCAACAACUCUCAGCUGUGCUAGAAUACACUUCGUGA